AUGGCUGCUCGGCGCUUGUUGGCGCAGGCCCUGCCAGGGGCCCUCCGCAAAGAGGAUGGCGAGGAGAGACGACGCCGCACCUCACGCUCUCCGGAGGGUGGGCUCAUCCUGCGGCCGCGCCCGGGCAUGGAAGACCGCCGGUCUGAAAGCUCCGAGGGCAUCAAGGUGACACUGGCGCCCAGAGCGCGUGCACAGCCCUCAUCAGCUAUAACACUGCGGCGGCGAGACUCCAGGGAGGACGUGCCGCAGUCUUCCACCGUCAGCCUCAAGGCUCCGGUGCGAGCUAGGCUUUCCCGACGGGAGCAGCCAGUCGCGCGCCUACAGCCAUGGGACGACAGGCAGCGGAGGGUGAUCCAGGAGCGAGGCGAGGGAUCAGAGUCCGAGUCGGAGGAGGAGGACACCGAGCAACCCCCCCGAGAUGUCGAUGUGGAGACUGGGGAGUCGGAAGAGUCAGAGCAGGAGGAUGCAGAUGUGGAUCGGCCUGUAGACGUUGACAAGGACGACGAUGAAGAGGACUCAGAGUCAGAGGAGGUGCUGGAGAUGGAUGGCGCGCGGGAUCCGGACCAGGAGAGAAGAAGGCACCAGCCUGGGGUUGCCGAGCUCUGGAGGCAAAAAUCUGGCCCGUCGUCUCCGAUCCGACAAGUGCGGGCAAGCCCGGCGCCAGCCAGGUAUGCAGCGGUGGAGAGCUACAGCGAGGGGGAGGAGGAUGACGAAGUUGGCGCCGUGGAAGUCAAAGCUGACAGCAUUGAUGAACUUGAUGAUGAGGAGCAGGAGGAGGAAGAUGGCGAAGACGAUGAAGACGAGGAGUCAUCGUCCAGUUUGCCUGCGAGGGCACCGCUUCCACGUUCCAAAGCAAAAGACAAGAAGGAGGACGAGGAGAGCCGACACCGGCUGGAAGCAGCUGCAGCGGCCGCGAAGGCAGCCGAAUCCAAGAAGGGCCGCAAGGAGAAGCGGCCAAAGACAGCGGCAACGCCGGAGAGCGAAGCAAAGCCAAAGCUCGAGGAGAGGUCGCGGAACCAUGAUGGUGGCUCGAAGGGCAAGCACAGCGAGGCGCGAGGGGAGGAGAUUCUCAGAGAGAAGGAGAAGCGAAAGUCCAUGGAGAAGGACACUGCGCAGAAGGAGAAGGAGCAGGAGCAUGCCCCAAAGAAAAAGAAGAAAGCGAAAGACGCGGACGCAGCCAGGAAGGACACCUCCCGCAAUGAUCUUUCUUCUGCACGAGAGAGAUCACAGGAGAAGGUGCUGACAGCAACAAGGGAUAUUUCUCAGAAGGUGAGCAGAAGAAAGGAAAAGACUGAAAAGGUCCGUGACGACAGGAGCCGACGGAAGGAACGCAAUGAGGCAGCAGACCAUGAAGAUAGUAGAAAACAAGAUCAGGACCAGGCUGUGAAGCAACGGAGAGAGAAGGAUCGCGAGGAGACAAAGAGGCGUGAGGAGGAAGACCGUCGCGAGAAGGAGCGCAAGGAGGAGGAGCGCCGACGAGAGAGAGAACAAGAGGAGGAAAGAAGGCGUGAGCGAGAGCGUGAAGAGGAGCGGCGACGUGAGAAGGAGCGCGAGGAGGAGAGGCGACGGGAGGAGGAGCGGCGGCGUGAAAAGGAGCGGGAAGAGGAGCAGAGGCGAGAACGUGAGCGUGAGGAGGAGAGACGACGAGAAAAGGAACGGGCAGAGCGCGAGCAGGAGAGGAGGCGAGAACAGGAACGGGAGGAGGAGAGGAGACGGGAGAAGGAAAGGGAGGAGGAGAAGCGCAGGGAGAAGGAGCGAGAGGAGGAGCGGCGCCGAGAAAAGGAACGCGAGCAGAAGAGGCGAGACAAGGAGCGUGAGGAGGAACGGAGGCGUGAAAAGGAGCGAGAGGAGGAAAGGAGACGUGAAAAGGAGCGAGAGGAGGAAAGAAGGCGAGAAAAGGAGCGUGAAGAGGAACGGAGGCGGGAGAAGGACCGCAAUGAUGACAGGCGCCGAGACCGGGAUCGUGAGGAUGACCGAAGGCGCGAGUCCGGUCGCGAUGACAGACGGAAGGACAAGGAUCGAGAGGAUGAUCGCCGCCGCGACAAGGACCGGGAUAAUGAACGGCGAGACAAGGAUCGUCAUGAUGAUAAGCAUGACAGGGAUCGUGACAAAGAUCGAGACAAAGACAAGGACAAGUACCGCGAAAAGGAUCGAGGUCGCGAUAGGGAGCGAUCGCGCGACCGAGAGCGGGAGCGAGAUCGAGACCGCGACAAGCAUGAGCGGGACCGCGACCCCCGCGACAGGGACCGCUCUAAGCAAAGGGAGCGAGAUCGUUCCAAGCAGCGUGAGAGGGAGCGAUCAAGGCCAAGAGACAGGGACAGGGACAGAGACAUCAGGGACCAAGAUCGCGACAGGAACCGACAAAAGGACAACGAACGCGACACGAGGGACAAAGAAAGAGCAAAGGAAAGAGAAAGAGAAAGAGAACGAGAAAGAGACAAGGAUCGUGCCAGAGAAAGGGACCGAGACAGAGAUGCGGAGGACCGAAGGAAGAGGGAAGGCCAACGCCAGGAGAACGGCGGCAAGGCACGUUCCGUGACCCCUCUUCCAGGGCGGCCUCAGCCGCCCCCAGCCUCGGAUGCUGAUGGUGCAGCCUUUCCACCGCCCCUGCCAACAUCCGAGCGCAAGGGACUCUACGACCCCGAGCGCCCUCCAAGCUCCUCACCGGCUCCUCCUGUGGGGCCCGGCAGGCAAGAUGGCUCGUCCUUGACCUUUGCCAAGCCGACGACAAGGACCCCGCCUGCAGGCCCGGCCCGUCGUCCGAUCCUCAACCUCAGCUCCGACAGCAGCAGCGAGGAUAGCGCCAAAGACGCCAAGAAACCGCCAAAGCGCCAGCGGAAAGGCUCCGAUUCUGAUGAACAGUCAGGCCAGAGAGUAUCGAGGCUCUCACGCCACACCCGCGUCCGAGCGUCAUGCAUGCAGGAGGAGUGA